AUGUUUAGCGUAGGAGCCUCCCCGAACACGGCGGCGAGGACGUCGGUUUCAUCUUUGAAGAAGACGAAACAGAACAGCCGCGUUAAAAGUGGAUCGAGAAGAAAUGUCGUGCAAACGUUCGCGAAGAAAACCCCGGACGGGCCGAGAGUGUGCAUCGCCGGCGUGACUGGAGCGGUCGGGCAAGAGUUUUUGAGAGUUUUGAAACAAAGAGACUUCCCGUACAGCGAGAUGAAGAUGCUGGCGUCCUCGAGAAGCGCGGGGAAGGAAGUUGAAUUCGACGGGGAGACGUACACGACGGAAGAGUUGACGGAAACGUCUUUCGAUAACAUGGAUAUCGCGUUGUUUUCUGCCGGAGGGUCCAUUUCGAAAAAGUUUGGCCCGAUCGCGGUGGAGAAAGGGUGCUACGUCGUCGAUAACUCGAGCGCGUUUCGCAUGACGGAAGGCGUGCCGUUGGUCAUUCCGGAGGUGAACCCAGAAGCUAUGGCCGAUAUGAAAAUCGGUUCCGGUAAAGGCGGGAUCAUUGCCAACCCGAACUGCUCGACGAUUAUCGCGUUGAUGGCGACGACUGCGAUUCAAAGAAAAGUUGGCAUCGAGAGAAUGGUCGUGUCUACGUACCAAGCGGCGUCCGGCGCCGGCGCGCAAGCCAUGGCCGAGUUGGAACAACAAACGAGGGAACUCGUCAACGACGGGGAAGUAAAAACGAAAGAAAUCUUCCCGUGGGGAUACGCGUUCAACUUGUUUUCCCACAACGCGCCGAUGAUGGACAACGGCUACAACGAAGAAGAAAUGAAAAUGGUGAAAGAAACCAAGAAAAUUUGGAACACCGACGACAUCAGCAUCUGCGCGACGUGCAUCCGCGUCCCGGUCAUGCGCGCGCACGCGGAGAGCAUCAACUUGACCUUAAAAAAUGACUUAAGCGAAGAAGAGGCGAGAAAAAUCAUCUCUGAAUUCCCGGGCGUUUCCUUAAUCGACGAUCGCGCGAAUAACCGAUUCCCGAUGCCCUCGGACGCGAGCGACCAAGACGAUUGCUUCGUCGGUCGCAUCCGAAGAGAUAUCUCGCAAAAAGGAAACAAAGGUUUGGAGUUGUUCGUGUGCGGGGAUCAAAUAAGAAAAGGUGCCGCGCAAAAUGCCGUGCAAGUCGCCGAGUUGUUGCUUUAA